UUUGAAGAUGAGACCAUGAAGCUUCGGCAGCUGAAACUGGAUAAUCAGGUGAGCAGAGUCUCCUGUUUUGAAGUCGCUGGAUGGCUAUAAUGACCGUGAUGCUGAUGGUCUUGACUCUGAAGCCUUGGCAGGGGGAUGAAAAGAAGACUGGAAAGCAAAAGCCUCUGAUGAGAGCACUGCUGGAGAAGAAGCAGAGAAAAAAGCGCCUUGAGCCACUCAUGGUACAGCCAAACCCAGAAGCCAGGCUACGUCGCUCAAAGCCAAGAGGUAGUGAGGAGCAAACUCCUCUAGUGGAACCUCAUACCCCUCACAAUGAUGUCAUCCUACAUGGCAUUGACGGUCCAGCUGCCUUCCUGAAGCCAGAUACUCAAGAUUUGGAAACCAAACUGCAUGUUCUCUCAGUAGGCUCUUCUGCUAUGGAAGAGGAUACUGAAGAAAGCUUCGAUGGGGAAAGCAUGUUGGAUACUGCUUCUAAGCCAGAUCUUCAGGAGAUUCUCCAAAAACAUGGUAUCUCAGGUAGUUUGAACUUCGAUGAGGAGGAAACUGAUGGGGAGGAAGAAGAAGGAAAAAAAUUAAGAUCCCAUUCACCAAAUUCAGAAACAGGAAGACCCAGUUCUGCAUCCAGCCAGAAAUCAACCACAGAUACAGGAGCUUCUGGUACUGCAACCCAACAGGCUGAUAACCAGCUGGGAGAAGUGGAGAAUUUAGAGGAGUUUGCAUAUAGUCCUGCCCCUCGAGGCAUCACGGUAAAGUGUCGGAUAACCAGGGAUAAAAAAGGAAUGGAUCGGGGUCUCUUCCCCACCUAUUAUAUGCACUUGGAAAAAGAUGAAAAUCGGAAGAUAUUUCUUCUUGCAGGUAGAAAGCGGAAAAAGAGCAAGACAUCCAACUACCUUAUUUCCACUGAUCCAACAGAUCUGUCUCGUGAAGGGGAAAGUUAUAUUGGCAAACUCAGAUCCAACCUCAUGGGGACCAAGUUUACAGUUUAUGACCAUGGAGUCAGCCCAACCAAGGCCCAGGGCCUGGUAGAGAAGGCCCACACCCGGCAGGAGCUGGCAGCCAUCUGUUAUGAAACAAAUGUACUUGGCUUUAAGGGGCCUAGGAAAAUGUCUGUGAUUAUUCCAGGGAUGAAUAUGAAUCAUGAACGGAUACCAUUUCGGCCACGAAAUGACCAUGAGAGCUUAAUUUCCAAAUGGCAAAAUAAGACAAUGGAGAACUUGAUUGAACUGCACAACAAGGCCCCAGUCUGGAAUGACGACACCCAGUCCUAUGUCCUGAACUUCCAUGGCCGGGUCACUCAGGCAUCCGUGAAGAACUUUCAGAUUGUCCAUGAAAAUGACCCUGACUAUAUAGUCAUGCAGUUUGGACGUGUAGCAGACGACGUGUUCACACUGGACUACAACUACCCGCUGUGUGCACUGCAGGCCUUCGCCAUCGGGCUUUCUAGCUUUGACAGUAAGCUAGCAUGUGAAUGAGAGAAAAAGCAGGCACAGAGCUGGACUUUCUCACUACAGAGCUUUCAGAAGCAGAUAGUUACCUCCCUUGCCCCAAGAUAUGAAGAGCAACAGUCUGUCCCUUUCGAAUGUGUGUACACACACCCACACUCCUUCUCUGGAUUUUUUAGACUUGGUCAGGGAUCACAUUUCAGCAUGGGUGAGAGAUUGUUCACAGCACAGAGAAGGUUCAUCCAGAGCACAGUGGUGACUCCUGAGGUUAUUGCCCACAGAUGCUAUGCCUUAAGAGUCAGACUUCCCUGUGUUUUCUAGAGAGGGACAAUUCCCUAAAUUGCCUUUAUUCUCCAGGGCAAGGGUUGGCAAACUUUCCUGCAAAGGGCCGGAUAGUAAAUAUUUUAGGCUUUGCAGGCCAUAUUGUCUCUCAAAACCGCUUAACUUUGCCUUUGUAGUGUAAAAGCAGCCAUAGGCAGUUCAUAAACGACUGAGUGUGGCUGUGGUCCAGUAAAAUUUUAUUUACAAAAACAGGCAGCAGGCCAGAUUUGGCCUGUGGGCUGUAGUUUGCCAACACCCGCUUCAGGUAUAUCCAUAUCAUCUACGGGCUUGGACAUCUUCCAAAAUGUCCCGUGGUGCUUGUGGUUGUGAGAUCAUAUGAGUGAAAAAUGGAUCUAUCUAGGAAACAGCAGUCCUACGGAGUGGAUCUGAAGAGGUUCUUGUGCUACAUCCACUGUUAUGUAGCCUUUACCUUGUGUUGGUGGCAAUGGUUUCUAAAGUAUCAUCUACCAUUAGGACUGGGAAAACCCAAAGUCAGUGAUCAUUUGAGUCCACACACAUGACUUAGCACUGCCGUUCACCCAACUUUCCCAUGGGAGAAGGCAACGUCAGCCACUUUACCCACCCUAAAAGAAGAACUUAUGCUCGCUCAGAAACAAAUCCAGAAUUGUAUUUUCUUUAUCACAGAAAGUGUGGUAUUUGUUUCCCAGACCCAGCUUGUUUUCCCCCUGGGGCUGCUGGGAAGGUACUGAUGUCACAGUCCCUUUCUUCCCUUUCUUCCCUCAGAGCAGGUUGGCUGGCACCAAUCUCAGUCAAAGUGGCUAUGGCCAAAUUUGUGAGAAUUUUAUAUAAUUGUCUUAAUUUCAGUUUAGGCUUUUAAGGCAUAAACUCUAGAGGUGACUUCUUAGUCCAGUAAAAACUGAGAGUAAUAUGACAGUUGCCUUCAUUUUCAACCCAGGAGUGCCUCCCACAGCUAUAGUACUAUGGAGCCGUUAGGAUAGGUGGACACAGACACCUGUAGACAGCGUAAGACACAAGAGAACAUUAUAUGUAGAAAUUUGUCAUUGUCUUUAUCAAAAGCAGAGAGGUGGCAGGAGAGGCUUUGGUGAGGAGCAGCUAGCUAACUCUUGAGCUUAUUGGGCAGAGCUUUGGGCCCUUCUUCUUGACAUAAACUUUACCAGCUCUCUGAAGUUCAUUGAUGCAAACUUUACUCCUGCCACUUUUUCUCACAGAUCCUAAGAUUUUUGCUGAGUCUUUCAGAUUAUUAGCACCUUCCAACAAAUCAUCCGACCCUUAUACCUGCUCACCAGUCCCAGAGUGCAUCUGAAUCUUGAGAAUCCAAAAACUUUGUCAACUCUACAUUCAGCAUUGUUCAGGUCCCAAGCCUUUUGCACUGAGCUGUUUGCCAGCAUGGGGCAAGGAAUCAGUGGCUAUCGCUCCAUAAUAUUUCCCUUCUGUGGGCUUCCUUUUCUUCCCUGCUGCCUGCUGCUCCUUGCUCCACGUCAAAUAGCCAUGUGAAGGAGAGGGAACUGGAAGAUGUAAAGACCCUGUCUGCUUUGUUUUGGCAUGAUUGGUUUCCAUCUCAGGCAUGCUUCCCAUCAAGUGCCUCAUCUACAGAAGUGCCCUAAGGCCCUUCAGACCUCCCUACCCACCGUCCUGAUGUACUGUCUAAAAGCCACCCUUGUUGAAAACAGAAAGCUGUUAACUUAUCUCCAGUUGCAGUAUAUGGCAGCGUCUGGAGAAGGGGAGCCUACAGUGGGGCGACUGGACUUGAUCCUGCUUCCUCCUACUCUCUCUGGCUUGGAGAGAGAUAUACUCCAGCUUCAUGUGCUUUCUGCUCGAGUGUGCAGGUGAUUGGUUUUACAGAAAUUGUAUUUAUACCUUUUGUAUGCUACA